ACUCUAUAUAAGAGGACCCUUUGGACUACAAGAAAUCAUCUUCUCCACUCGUCUACCCAAAGCAACAUCGACUUUUCCUCCAAGUACAGCAUCGAAAACAAACAAAAUCUAAAAUGGCAUCCAAGAUUUUCCUCGCCGUGAUGGCUCUGGCCGUCCUGACUGCCUUCGUCUUCGCUGAGGAAGAAGAAUACGCCGUGGACGACCUGAUGGAGUUCGUCAAGAGAGGCAAAGGACGAAACAGGGGCAGGGGAAAGAUGGGACCACUCACAAAAGACGACAUGGAAACGUGCGACAGAUACGGCCAACAAUGCGUCUGUGACAAGCGGCUGAGCUUCGAUAACAAUAACCGAUACCUCGUCUGCAACUAAACAAACAGUGCACCACUACGAUGACUGGACCCUACAAUUCCCAACAAGCAAUGUUAUAUAUUUUAGUGUCUAACUUGUAAACUAAUGCCAAAUAAUGUGUUAUGCACCAAAACAAAAUGACUACUAAUUAGCCAAGAGCGACAUGAGCUCGACCCCAAAAUACUACUGAAUGGGUAUUUAUGUAAACAAGUUGUAAAUGAACUAAAGAAAGAACGAAUCUUGUGUAAAUUAAAACAAUUAAAAAUCUCAGAAAUAUCAGAUGAUGAAUUAUGCAAUCCUAUAUCAGAUCUUAAUGUGUGAUCAAAAACAGAAGAACGUAAGUUUAUAUGACAAAGUCUAGUGUUACCCUUUGACCAAAGUUAUUUUGGGGUCUUUAACCCUGUUUUCACAUUGGCAUCGGAAACGUCUAAGAUGUUCACACUCCUUGGGUAAAUCACAACCCAGGUGAAUUUUGUUUUCAUCAUCUGUCGUAUGAACAGGAAAACAUAAUAACAUGUUUUCAGCUAUUUGCAAACUUUUCCGAUGUCACUGUUUUUAAAAAACACAUCAACAAAACCUUAAGACUAAGAUUUCAUGAAGAUAACAACUCUCGACAAAGUUUGUCCCUGUUUCUUCCUUUAAAUGAGUAAAAAAUAAAAUAAAAUAAAUGAAUUAUGAGCAUAUGAA